GGGGCGGUGCGGGGGUCAGCGUCGGCGUCGGCGUCGCGACGUUAGCGCAGGGCCCCCCUCCCAUCCCGGGCCGCGUCCUCAUGGAGCGCUCUGGCGAAUUCCAAAAGUGGAAGACGCAGAGCCUGAACAAGGCGGAUCUGAGCCGGAAGGGCAGCGUGGACGAGGACGUGGUAGAGCUCGUGCAGCUUCUGAACGGCCGGGAGCAGUUCUUCACUACGAGCUCCUGCGCGGGCCGCAUCCUGCUGCUGGACGGGAACAUCGAUGGCAGCGAGAUCCAGAAGCAGAACUGCUCCUGGCUGUUGGUGACCCACCGGCUCUGCGCCAAGGACGAGGUGCUCUCGGCUCUGAAGACGGCCCGCGGGGACGCCGUGCUGAAGUUCGAGCCCUUCGUCCUGCACGUCCAGUGCCGGCAGCUGCAGGACGCCCAAGUGCUGCAUUCGGCGGCCGUGGACUCCGGCUUCAGGAACUCGGGCAUCACGGUGGGGAAGCGGGGCAAGACCAUGCUGGCUGUCCGCAGCACCCACGGCCUGGAAGUCCCGCUGAGCCACCGGGGCCGACUCAUGGUGACCGAGGAGUACGUGGACUUCCUGGUGAAGAUAGCCAACCAGAAGAUGGAGGAGAACAAGAGAAGGAUCGAAAGGUUUUACAGCUGCCUCCAGCUGGCUCUGACGAGGGAAGAGGCCGCGGCUCCACGCCUCGAGGCAAAAAAGGGGACGCUUCCCGUGUACACCCACAGGAGAAAGAGGAAAACGGAGAAAACGCAAGGCCGCCCGGGCUCUCCGGAGAAGCGGGAGGACUUGGAAAGCGACAGCGAUUGCGCGGACAUCAGUCUCGGUUUUUUCCCCGAAAAUUAUUAGUAUCUGACUCUAAAAUGCCUUUGCCAGAGACGUUCUGGGGCCCGUGUGUUGUUGCUCUUUAUAAGAGUGAUCUCCUUUGCUGGCUCUGA